AUGUUUCGCAUAGGAAAAUGUUUAAAAAAGUACUACCGUCUUCACGUAAUGGCAGCGUCUCAUACUAAGCCUUUUACUGUUCUCGUAGAAGGAAAUAUUGGAAGUGGCAAAACAACAUUUUUAGAACAUUUUACACAAUUUGAAGAUAUCACAUUGCUAACGGAACCCGUAGAAGAAUGGCGCAAUCUUCAUGGUUGGAAUCUAUUGGACCUUAUGUACAAAGACCCUUCAAAAUGGGCCAUGACAUUCCAAGCUUAUGUGUCUCUUACUAUGCUUGAAAUGCAUCGCAGACCAACUAACACACCAAUAAAAUUAAUGGAACGAUCCAUAUUUAGUGCAAGAUAUUGUUUUGUUGAGCAAAUGAUGAGGUUGGGAACUCUACAUCCAGCACAAUUUGCAGUAUUGGAUGAAUGGUUUAAAUUUAUUAACUGUGAAAUACCUGUCCAAGCAGAUCUAAUAGUAUAUCUCAAAACAUCACCACUAAUUGUUUAUGAGAGGAUAAAAAAGAGGGCUCGAUCUGAGGAACAGUGUGUACCAUUAAAUUAUAUUGAGGAGCUUCAUAAACUACAUGAAGACUGGCUAAUUAACAGGACACAUGCUGAGUGCCCUGCACCUGUAUUGGUCCUUGAUGCAGAUCUGGAUUUAUCUCAAAUUACGGAGGAGUACAAAAAAAGUGAACAUCAGAUACUAAGGAGGGCUGUUAAUGUUGUGAUGCAGUCUCCCAACAAGCUGAGCCCAAAGAAACCUAUGACACGCAAUGCCAUACAAAUAAUUCCACAUAUAAAACUUUAA